AUGGUGGUCAUCAGCCAAGUCAAUGACUCCUGGGAUUGCAACAAAGAGAACAUGGACGCGUACUGUCUCGAAGUACGCAAGCUUGAGAACAAAUUCUCUGGUCUCGAGUUCCACCACGUCAUUCGCGAAAACAAUGUUGCUACGGAUGUCUUGUCGAAGCUAGGAUCUACUCGAGCGCAAGUUCCAGCAGGGGUCUUCGUCCACGAACUCCACAAGCCAUCCAUACCGGAGCCGGCGCCAACACCGCCAACCACCAACCCAGUCCCGCUUGAGACCAGUCAGGAGGUCAUGAUGAUUGACGUGGACUGGAGAAAACCUUUCAUCGACUACCUCAAGGACCACCUAGUACCCUUCGACAAGACAUAA